AAUUGGUUAUUAGUGAUUUAACCGUUUAUGCGGCUGAGUAGACACGUCUAAUACAAAAAUUGAUCUAACCUAAAACUAUUCUGUUUACUUUUACUUCUCAUUUUGUAGGGAAGUGACAGUAGUGUCCUGUUAAGUGUUAGUGAAGUAUAUUGAAAACAUGACUUAAAACUAAUAAAAUGUGAAAUAUUUUUCACAUUUAUUUCCAUUAUCCCUAGUGCCAUGUAUUUAUCAUUAAAUUAUUGUAUACAGUGUGUGAAAAAAUGACGGUUCCUACAAAAAUCGCUAUAUCUAAAGUAUACAACUUCACGAAAACCUCCAUUUACAAUAAAUACAAAAAUUUCUUCUUUGUGUUACUUAUCGUUUCUAUAUUUAUAGCCCUUUCAGUUCCUUUAGCGAAUUUUACUAGUGACGCGACAAAAAAUUACGAAAAUAUCGAUUUCAGAAACUUACAAAAUCUACCUCUAGUGAAAUUAACAAACGGUGUUACUACAGUGACUCCUAGAAAUACACAGUGUACUCAUUGGGAUUGUUUUAAUGUUUAUCGGUGUGGUCAUACAGGACACGAUAGGAUAGCAGUGUAUGUGUAUCCAUUAAAAAAAUAUGUGGAUGAAAAUGGAGUACCAGCUACAGAGCACUUAUCCAAAGAAUACUAUUAUCUACUUAAUUCUGUGAUCAAGUCAAAAUACUACACAGCUAACCCCGAAGAAGCCUGUGUAUUUAUUCCAUCCAUAGAUACCCUUAAUCAAGAUAGAAUUCGAUUGAACUUGACUUCAACAGCAUUAAGUUCCCUUCCUUAUUGGAACGGAGGGGAAAAUCAUCUGAUAUUCAACAUGGUAUCCGGCAGUCCGCCGGAUUUUUCGCCGGUAGUAGAACUGGACGUCGGUAAGGCGUUGAUAGCCGGCGGUGGUUUCGAUACAUAUACUUUUCGAAAUAGAUUCGACAUUUCCUUACCGGUGUUUAGUCCGAUGGCGAAAUCGGCUCUAGUCAAAAACACAUCAAACGAAAGACAUUGGCUAGUCACAUCCUCCCAAUUAAACAUUGAUCCAUUUUUUCUCUCCGAACUCCAAAAACUCCGUUACCGCCAUCACGAAAAUCUGUUAAUACUCGAUUCUUGCCAUCGACAUUCAUAUAAUCGAAGAUGUGAUAUAGAAACUGGUAAAACUUUCGAUUAUCCUGACGUAUUGAAAGGAUCCGUAUUCUGUGUGAUAUUUCGCGGCGAAAGGAUGGGUCAGUUCAUUCUGUUGGAAGCUAUGGCCGCUAAUUGUAUACCGGUUAUAAUAGCCGACGGUCACGUGAUGCCCUUUCGAGAUAUAAUCGAUUGGAAACGAUUUUCCGUUUUCGUUAUGGAAAAUCACGUCGCUACAUUGAUGGACGUAUUAAAUAAUAUUUCCAAAAAAAGGAUAAAAGAAAUGCAAAAAAAUCUAUUGUACAUUUAUCAAAAAUAUUUUUCAAAUAUGAAGAAAAUCGCCAUAACUACUUUGGAUAUUCUACAGGAAAGGAUAUUUCCCCAUCAUAGUAGGACGUACGACGAAAUUAAUUUAAUAUCUGAAGAGAUCAACAAUAAUCCUUUGUUUUUUCCAAUGACUUCACCGAAAUCACAUGGGUUUUCAGCUGUGAUUUUAACUUACGAUAGAAUAGAAAGUUUGUUUCUUCUAAUAGAAAGGUUAUCUAAAGUUCCCAGUUUGAUGAAAAUAAUCGUGGUAUGGAACAAUCAAAAAAAGAACCCGCCUUCAAUAUCCGAAUUUCCAAAAAUUAAUAAACCCAUAAACGUAAUACGAACGAAAGCUAAUAAAUUAUCGAAUCGCUUUUAUCCUUAUAAGGAAAUUGAAACAGAAGCAAUUUUACACAUUGACGAUGAUAUCGUCAUGCUAACGUCUGAUGAAAUUGAAUUUGCUUAUGAAGUAUGGCGCGAAUUCCCAGAUCGAAUAGUGGGUUUUCCAUCCAGGACUCAUAUUUGGGACAAUGUAACUAAUACCUGGAGAUACGAAUCCGAAUGGACGAACAAAAUAUCGAUGGUUUUAACAGGAGCGGCUUUUCUCCAUAAAUAUUGGAGCUUUUUGUACACCACGUAUUUACCUGCGGAAAUAAAAAAUUGGGUAGACGAACACAUGAACUGCGAAGACAUAGCCAUGAAUUUUUUAGUAGCAAACGUGACUAAUAAACCGCCCAUCAAGGUAACUCCGAGGAAAAAAUUCAAAUGUCCCGAAUGUGCCAGCAACGAGAUGUUAUCGGCCGAUUUGGGUCAUAUGGUGGAACGUUCCCAAUGUAUAGAUAAAUUUGAGAAAGCUUUCGGGAGAAUGCCACUCAAAUCGGUCGAGUUUAGAGCCGAUCCUGUGCUUUUUAAAGAUCCCUUCCCCGAAAAAUUGAAACGUUUCAAUGAUAUUGGCAGCUUAUAAAACUUUUUAGUCAUUUUGUUGAUAUUUUUUUUGUAAAUAUUGUAAAUAUAUUGUUGUAUUGAUAUUUAAUACGGGGUUAUAUAUUUUUUAUAUGUUGUAUAAUUUUUUUCCUAUUCUUCUUUAUAGUAUUCUAUUUGUAUAUGUUGUACAUUCGAAAAUAAUAAAUUAUAAAUAUAUUAUUUAAUAUCUCGAUA